AUGGCUCAUCUCCAGGCAUCGAACCUAUUCUCAGUCAAGGACCGGGUGGUCGUGAUCACCGGAGGCGGAAGUGGCCUCGGGCGUAUCAUGACCAAAGCCCUGGACGCCAAUGAAGUCUCCAAGAUCUUCAUCCUAGGCCGACGCGAGGAGGCGCUACAAGAAACCGCCGCACAAACCAUUAACGGCACAGUCAUCCCGAUCCAAUGCGACAUCACCUCGAAAGAAUCACUCGAGGCAGCCUACAAUGCUGUCGCAGCGCAAACAACACACGUCGAUCUCCUGAUCGCUAACAGCGGCGUAAUGGGCGCGCAAAUGAAGCCCCCACAACCCGCAGAAGACGGGUCGCUCCCGCCACUAUCGCAAGUCCGCGAUGAACUCUUCAACGUCCCCAUGGAGGAGUUCAACAACGUGAUGAACGUGAAUGUUACCGGGGCUUAUUACACGGUUCUCGCGUUCUUGCCUCUACUUGAGGCGGCGAAUAAGCGCCGCCCUGCGCCGCAGCAGAAUGUUCUUGCUCCUCCGACUGCGCAGGUUAUUAUCACGAGCUCCAUUGCUGGGUUUAUGCGCAAAGUGCCGUAUAGCUUUGCGUAUAACGCUUCCAAGGCAGCUACGACUCAUCUGGUCAAGAUGCUUUCUACUGCGUUUGCUUAUUACAAUAUUCGCGUCAAUGGCAUCACGCCUGGUCUUUACUACUCGGAUAUGUCAACCGAGAUCUUCCAGGGCUCCGGUAUUCAGGGUCCUGCUAUUUCUGAUGGCUCGUUCCCGAAGGAAAUGGUCCCUGCUACCCGUGGUGGUAGUGAGGAGGACUUUGCGGGUUUGAUUGUUUGGCUGGCUAGUAACUCGGGUGGUUAUAUCAAUGGCAAUAUCUUGGUUACUGAUGGCGGUCGGAUUUCUGUUGUGCCUGCUGUCUACUGA